UGGCGCUACGUGAGGCGUCUGGUGCGGGGAGCGCCGGAGCCGCCGUACCCGCGCGUGUGCCAGGUCGGGGACCCGGUGCUGCGCGCGGUGGCGGCCCCUGUGGAGCGGACGCAGCUGGCGGGCCCGGAGCUGCGGCGGCUGGUGCGGCGGCUGGUGCAGGUGAUGCGGCGCCGGCGCUGCGUGGGCCUGAGCGCGCCGCAGCUCGGGGUGCCGCUGCAGGUGCUGGCCCUGGAGCUGCCCGAGGCGCUCUGCCGCGCCUGCGCGCCGCGCCUGCGCGCGCUCCGCCAGAUGGAGCCCUUCCCCCUGCGCGUGUUCGUGAACCCCAGCCUUCGCGUGUUGGACAGCCGCUUGGUCGUCUUCCCUGAGGGCUGCGAGAGCGUCGCCGGCUUCCUGGCCUGCGUGCCCCGCUUCCAGGCCGUGCAGAUUUCAGGGCUGAACCCAAGUGGAGAGCAAGUGGUGUGGCAGGCCAGCGGGUGGGCAGCCCGCAUCAUCCAGCACGAGAUGGACCACUUGCAGGGCUGCCUAUUCAUUGACAAAAUGGACAGCAAGACAUUCACAAACGUCCACUGGGCAGAGGUGAAUGACUAGAGCCUUCCUACUGGGACUGAGGAUUCUGAAGAACGAGAUGCAAACACUUCGGCUUUGAGCUGAGCCAGUCUUUCUUGGUAUCAACUUGGUUGUGGCUUGGAUCUAACAGGAAGCUGGACUUUCGAAGCAUGCCACACUGAGCUGAAAGGUGAUGUUAUAAAUGUCUGUCCCGAAAUCAGCUGUGGACAAGAUAUUGCCAAUAACUUGAGAAAAAUAACUCCCCUGAGGGAGUGGACAUUUCCUGACGAUUUUGUAUGGCCAUAAGUGAGGCAAGUAAAUUCAUUCUCAGUA